AUGGAUUGGAAAUGCUUAAUGUUUCAGAACAAUGCUAGACCAAAAGCCAUAUUUACUAUGUGGCUACAUAAUCAUGGAAGGUUGCUAACAAAAGACAGCCUGGAAAAAUGGGGUAUCAAUAUGGAUGAGAUAUGUGUGCUAUGCCACGCUGAAAAAGAAACAAGAGAACACUUGUUUGCAGAAUGCUCAUAUGCCACCAGACUAUGGAAUAGGUUAUCUGAAUGGGCUCAAGUCCACUUCAUUGUUCCUAACACAUGGAUACAGUUUUUCCAACUCAUCAUUCAUCACUCGAAAGGGAAGACAGCUUCAGCAAUGUUAAUCAAAAUGCUGUAUGCUGAAUACAUACAUGUGCUAUGGAGAGAAAGAAAUGCUCGAAUAUUUGAGGGUGCAAAUAGGGAACAUGAACAUUGGCAAGGGAGGUAG